GCAACGCAAAGUCUUUUUGGCAUGGAAACAGGAAGGCAGUGCUAUGCUGUUCUGUCCUGGAAUUCCGGGGGCCGGCAAGACGUUCUUGUCAUCAGUCGUGGUCCAUGAGCUGGACAGUGAAUGUGAUGCUAGUAAUGCAGCAGUCCUAAUGCUCUACUGUAAAUGGGACGACUCACUAUCGAAAUCUAUCGAUGCUCUUCUGGGAAGUCUGCUCAAGCAGGCCACACACAAACAUGGAAUCAUUCUUCAGGAAAUGGCCGAGCCGUAUUACAGACACAGCAGUGCUGGAACGAAACCGACACGAGAGGAGGCCCUUUCGAUGCUCACAGCCGAGCUCCGUCGGUUUUCAAAGACCUUCAUCAUCGUAGAUGGUCUGGAUGAACUUCGUGAGGAGAAGACUGGGGUAGACUUACUCGAAAUCCUGACUUCGAUAGAUGCUACGGUCAACAUGAUGGUACCUCACGAGGCUUAGACAACAUUGUGCGGCAUUUUCGACACAAAAGCCUUCGUCCAUCUUGCAGUGACUGCUUGGUUUCUUGUAUUCGGCAACAUUUUCAAUUGUCCGGAUUGCAACUCAUCAAGCCCAGGUUCAAUCAACUUCAACCUCUGCCAGUCAUGUUUCAGGACAAGCAAACGAUGCGGUCACAGAGGGCAUGUCCAUUGUAUGCAAUUUAGCGGCUUUAUUAUCAUUACUGCGGUCGAAAAUGAUCUGAUGACCUACAAACAAUGGCGCGUUGCACCGUCAGAAUUCCUUCGCCAGUGCGUGGAGUUGAAGGAAGGGCUGAUGCAGAGCAUCCUCGAUAUAGUAGUCAAAGAAAACGAUGGGAUAUUUCUUCCAG